AAAGUCUGAAGGUACUCUGUAUCCGGAAGGAAGCUCUGAGUUCUGACUGAAGUUCUGCCCGCCACCCGGCUAGUCCACCGGCCAGCCGGCGAGUCCCCAACCAUGAGCUCCGCGGGCGUCCUGUCUUUCGCCCAGCAAUGCUGGGAGCAGGUGCUGGCCAAAGUGAAGUGGUCCGUGGUUUACCUGGACGCCGCCUGCGCAGAGAGCCUGCACUGGAGCUGCGGAUCCAGCCGGCUGCUGGAGGCGGUGAAGGGCCCUGCCUGCAACCUGAGGGAAUUUGAGCCCCAGGCUAUUGGCGGUGGAGCCCAGCAGCCCCGGGCAGUGUUCGUGUUGAGCUGCCUGUUGAAAGGCCAGACUGUAGACACUCUACGAGACAUCAUUCGCCGCAGUCACUUUCAGUACUGUGUGGUGGUCACAGCCGUGAGCCACGCGGUCCACCUCACUGCUAACCAUGUACCAGCGGCUGCAGCGGCCGAGCUAGAGGGGCAGCAGCCUGUGUUUGAACAGCUGGAGGAGAAGCUACGUGAGUGGAUGGGCAACAUGAACUACAUGGCUGAGGUGCUGCACGUCCCUUUGCUGCUCGCCCCUGCUGCUCCCCACCUUGCCUUUACUCCUGCCUUUGGUACUCUUUUCCCACUGCUACCUCGGGAUGUACAUCUCCUUAAUAGUGCCAGACCCGACAAGAGGAGGCUGGUCAGCUUGAGUGAAGUGGAUGCCACUGCCCUGCCCCCAGAGCUGCUGCUGCACAUCAGAUGCCUGGUGUCAGGCCUCAGUUCUCUGUGUGAGCAUCUAGGGGUACGAGAGGAGUGUUUUGCUGUGGGUUCCCUCAGUCGGAUCAUCGCUACAGAUCUGGCAAAUUAUGCCCCUGCCAAGAACAGGAAGAAGACCGCUGCAGGCAGGGCUUCUGUGGUCUUUGUGGAUCGAACUCUGGAUCUCACAGGAGCAGUUGGACAUCAUGGAGACAGCUUAGUAGAGAAGAUCCUUUCAGUGCUUCCACAGCUCCCAGGCCACACUAGUGAUGUGAUGGUCAACAUGACAGAGCUUACUGCUGUCCAGAUGGUGGAGGAAAACCAGACCGUGAUUGCACCAGGCUGCCUUGCACAAUCCAAUGACACCUCGGCCAAGGCCCUCUGGGAAGCCUUACUGAACACCAAGCACAAAGAGGCAGUGAUGGAAGUUCGGAGACAUCUAGUGGAGGCAGCCAGCAGAGCAAACCUGCCCAUCAGGAUGAGUGUGGGGAGAGUCACACCAGGGCAGCUCAUGUCCUAUAUUCAACUCUUCAAGAACAACCUCAAAGCUCUUACAAAUCACUGUGGGCUCCUACAGCUUGGGAUGGCUACAGUUCAAACCCUGAAGCACCCACAAACUGCCAAGUGGGAUAACUUCCUGGCAUUUGAAAGGCUCCUUCUACAGAGCCUUGGAGAUUCAACCAUGGCCAUUGUGCUAAAUCAGCUGCUACCUAUGAUUAAGUCCCCAAGCCAGAGAACCAGUGAUGACUACAACCCUGAGGAACUGCUAAUCCUCCUCAUCUACAUUUACUCUGUCACUGGAGAGUUCACACUGGACAAAGACAUGAGAGAAGCAGAAGAAAGGGUGAAGACAGCAUUGGCUCAUGUCUUUUCUGAGGAGUCGGAGUUGUCCCCUUUGCUACAGAAAAUCACAGGCUGUGACUCUGCAAUUAACCUGACAUUUCCCAAAUCGAAACUCGCCGUAAAUGAUGUAUUCAUGACUCUCCAGGAGAUUGCUGGAGCUAGAACUCUCAUGAGACAGUUUAAAUCUGUCUAUGUUCCUGGAAACCACACCCAUCAGGCAUCCUAUAAGCCACUGUUGAAACAGGUUGUGGAAGAAAUAUUUAAUCCUGAGAGGCCAGAUCCCAUUGACAUUGAACAUACAUCCUCAGGCCUCACUGAUCUCCUUAAAACUGGAUUCAGCAUGUUCAUGAAGGUGAGCCGGCCCCAUCCCAGUGACCAUCCCCUCUUGAUCCUCUUUGUGGUGGGUGGCAUCACAGUCUCUGAAGCCAAAAUGGUCAAAGACCUUGUAGCAUCUCUGAAGCCAGGAACCCAGGUGAUGGUGCUGUCCACAAGACUCCUAAAGCCACUUAACAUUCCUGAGCUGCUCUUUGCCACUGACCGGCUACACCCAGACCUUGGCUUCUGACAUCUAAGAGAAGAUAAAACCUGUAGGAGCUGGAAAUACCAAUACCCAUCUGUCACCAUUCCAGAUAUGCCUCCAAAGUCAGUGUUCCCAUUACUAAUUAUAGGUAUGACUUAAUUCUACCAGAGCAGGCUUCAUAACCAUGCAGAAGGCAGUGUCUGGACUGCCUGUGUUCUUCAAAAGUGAAAUAAAGCCUUGCAUGUACAUUCUUUUUCUAAAGGUGUCAAGCUCUCUUUAGCUGACUUGGCCUACAGGCCCUCAUUUAACCUCUCCCCUGUUGUAAUCUUCCUGGAGCUGCCUGCAAGUCCCUUAGCUCUGGGUAGAAACCUGCCGGCAAGUGGUAGUAAAGAUAAGCAUUGUGGUUUGGAUUUGGUCAAGGGAAAUUAAAUGUGCUUACAAUUCUCUGCUUAAGGAAACCAGACUGUCCUUGUGACUGUCCUGGGACUGUGUUUCUCUCUGACUCUAAAACAUUUCUGAAAGACAAGGAAGGGAGGGGUGGCCUGGCCAGCGCUAGCCUGGUAGACUCUAUGAGUGGUAAAUCACCCCAGGACUAACAAAGGGCUGCUUUGUUCCAGCUUGUUCUGGGAGCAAGGCAGCCUGCUACUGGGAACAGCAGUGGGAGGGACAGCAGGAGGGCGGCCAGAGGGCUGUCCUGCUGCACAUGGUUUCCUCCUGUCCAGAGGAAGCCCUGUGCAGAAGAGAUUCCCUUCCAGGGAGUCUAGGUUGGAACCCCAACUCCCAAAUGGUCUUUGUGAUUUCAGAUUCCUACUGAAAUAGAAAGCCUUCAUCUGGGACCUUACAUUUUCUUUCUGGUCAUAACAGAAAAACCCAGACACAUCUAGUGAAAUUAUAUGAGAACUCUAGGGAAAAAGAAAGAAAGAACUGCUUGGAACCCAACCCAGACAUCACUUAUAGGUACAUGGCCAGUGGGGGUUCCUGGUGUGAGUAAUGGAUGUCUGAAAUGAGACAAAGCCAUGAACAGUUUCUAGAGUGGAUUAAGCAGAAAGACAAAAUAAAAUAUAAACCGAGGCAUGGCUAUACAUCUUACUUCUCUAUUAAAUGCUGUCAUUUUAGGGAAGUAGAAAAAAAAUACUGUGCAUUUAGAAUCAUUUUAAAUCAAUGGAGCUGAUUUUUAUGAAACUAUAUGUUCAUUUUCAUAUGCAAGUGUGCUUUCUACCUUCACUAGAUCUUUGAUGGUGCUGAACUAUAAAACUAUAAAACUCUUUUUUUAAAUCCCAUUAAGCUUACAUUUGAAUGAGAAAAAAAAAUGGCAUUAGCCUCAAAGAAAUUAUAUGUAUGCAGAGAUAAGUACUUUGUAAAAUAAAGAAAUUUAAAGUAACCUA